AAGAUCCCAAGUCAUAUUUUGUAAACAAACCAUUGAUCAAGAUCCGUGAUGGAGUUUAUGGCCACUGUGCUUGUGUUGAUGUUUAGUGCCUUUCUAUUUGUAUACUUCCAAGCAGAACCAUGGAUGUUGGUACAAAUUUUGGUCAAAGCACUGCUUUUGUUGGCCUGUCUGACUUUUGUGAUACAGUUUGUAGGAAAAAGAAUGUGGAUUAUGUUCUCACACUACAGGUCACAGCCUACCAAACAUGAACCAAAUGAUAAUGCACAUAGAAAAGAACAAGAGGUCUGCAGAGAAAAGAUACAGAAAGACUUUCAAAUAAAGACAGAGGCAUAUAAAGAAAAGAUACUGAUACCUAGAGAGGAGGCAAAGAAAAAACAAAAGGAAGAAGAACAUUAUAGAUUUCUGGGACCAGCUUGGAAAGGAAAAGGUGAAGCAUUGGGAGGAGAGGUACAAGAUUCUAAUGAACAAACAACUGAAGUUAGAUUCCGUAGACUUGAAGAAAAUAUAAAUGAAGAAUACUUGGAGCAAGUUAGACAAGAACAAGAGAGAGAAGCUAAAAGGAAACAAAGAAAGAAAAUAAUUCUUCCUGAAGAGCCUGAGGAAAAUGAUCCAGACAGUUUACAGAUUGUUUUAAGAUCACCAUUAGGACAAAAUCAUACUCGGAGAUUUUUGUAUUCUAAUACACUUCAGGUCAUUCUAGACUACAUUACAACACUAGGGUUCAACCAGAGACAAUAUACCUUGUGUACAACUUAUCCUCGACAAGCACUUUCUGAUCAAAGGGAACUAACUCUGAGUGAAUUAAAGUUUACCAAACGCACAACAUUAAAUAUUGAAGAAAUAUUGUAAUGAUUUUUGAUUGUAUGAAUAUUUUGAAAUCUGUACAACUGU